CUCGAAUGGAUAUUCUUUGUGUAUUCGUCUCAUUAUUUGCCGCUUUGUUUGCCAUCAGCAGCAAAGAGAGUGUCGGCGCAGCCUUUGCGGGACUGGCACUCGUCCUCUCGAUGCAGUUAAGCGGUUUAUUACAAUUCGUGAUUCGGUUGGGCGUCGACGCAGAAACCAGAUUCACAUCCGUUGAGAGGAUUCAUAUGAAUAUUCAGACGUUAAGACCGGAAAAGGAUGUCAUCACACAAAUCAAUACAUCUCUUGUGGAUAACUGGCCCACAAGAGGAAGAAUCAGUUUUAGAGACGUAACGAUGCGCUACAGACCCGGUCUUAAGCUGGCGCUCAAAGACAUUACUUUUGAUAUCAGUCCUCAAGAAAAGAUUGGUAUUGUUGGCCGAACCGGUGCGGGAAAGUCAUCCAUAGCUUCGGUUUUAUUCAGAUUAGUUGAACUCACGUCCGGUUCCAUACAUAUCGACGGCGUCGACAUAUCAGAGGUGCCUCUCAAUGAACUGCGAUCUCGUAUAUCAAUCAUACCUCAGGACCCGAUCCUAUUCCGCGGUUCAAUCAGAAAAAAUUUGGAUCCGUUUAACGAAUUCAAGACA